AUGGAGGGGCAGACUGGCUCUCCGGGGCGUGCAGGUGAAGUACUUGACCCAAAGCGUCAGCAAAUGGCUAUGCAAAAAUGGCGUCAGCUUGGCGCUUGGGAAGCCAGGUUAAUAUUUCUUCUCGUGUGCGUCUCGUUAGUUUUCGGGUGCGAUGCAUCAGACCAAGAUUCGGACUCAUUGGAAAUAGAGACAUCGGAUUUUGAAGAUGAGGCACCGGAUAUAACGCCGCUGCUUCCAUCAAGUCACUCGUUGGAUAACCAAAGCAGUUUCGGGGAGUCCAACGCCUUGAAGUUCGGCGAUUUAGUGGAACGCCUCGAACGCGCGGAAGACGAUAUGUGGACGAAUGUGGAGAGAAACCACGACCUUAUGAAGGAGCUGGCGCAGAUACCGGUGAACUCGUUCGAGCUGGGGAAGCAACAGGCAGAUGCCAUCGAACGCGUGAUCAACGGACUUAAACGAAAAAUUGCUAUGUUCAGAUGGCAGUAUCGGGAACUGCUGGAGCUCAUCAGCUCUUCCGCUGUCCAAAAUACAUGGGCAACAAGGGAGCGGCUGGGGAAGCUGCGGAUGCGGAUAAGUGACGCAGUACGCAUGGUGUCUGUCAUUGCCCUUGAAGAGUUCGGGUCCUUCGCCAGUCGCCUCAAGUCUACGCCAAAGGAGCGAGUACUUGUGGCUCGUGAAUACGAAGCCGAAAUGGCACUCAGUACUCAUCGAGUGGAAAUAAUGCAAAAGAAGUACAAGCAGCUUUGCGACGCUUAUGAGAAGGUGGUCGAGCGCGUGCAUCACUGGGACCAGGAGCUAACGGCUCAUUCCAUUCGAAUGUCCGAAAGGGCAAUGGAGGAAAUGCGUAUCCAGAUGGAUAGUUAUGCCAGCGCUGCAGGGGCUAGUAUGUCAGUCAAGGAAUCGGAGUUUACGCGUUUUGUGAAGAACUCGAGAAUGGAAGAGUUGUAUUUCCAGUCAAUUAUGGAGGACUGUGCAGAGCAGCUUAAUUCUAAGGGAGUUGCUGUUAUUGAUGUCAGCAAGGCGAGGGAUCCGACAAAUCCGGGAGUUGUCACCGCGGCUGGAUGGAUCAACAAAGUAAUUCAAGCUGUUUCUUCAAUAAACUCUUCAUGGGCCAUCUACCCUGCAUUUGUUCACGUGGACGAGCUCGACACGAAGUACCCAGGCGGUUCGGGCAGACUGCAACUGCAGCCGUCAGUGAGGACAAUUCAGGCUGCGGUGGAGCCUCUUUUUAAGGAACCUGGGCUAACUCAGUACUCAGUAAUUUCAGUGAGCCAGCUGCUUACUCGUAUUGUUGUCGCAUCAACGAAUGUUGCUGGAAUGGUGGCCUCCCCUGUCACGGUUUUUGCUUCGACGGAACGGGCUGAAGUAACUACGGCGAAACACUUUGGGUUUCACUUCACGCGACGUCUUGCGCACCUUCGGGCAUCAGACUUCAGCAUUAGCAACAGUAAUCAAAAGGUUCUUGUCGCCUACGUUGGCCAAACACCGUUGACCGAGUACAAGGGCAAUGAGACAAACUUGAGCUGGCUCAGCCAGCUAGGCAACGCAAUUGUCUCCUUCCUGUCCUACGAUGGGACAGGCCCCUUCGAAUUGCGCGAGUUGAGGUCCCGCGUGAAGAGUGAACUUGCCUACGUAGCCGCGAUUGAGCGCAACACUAGUACAAGACUUCUUUCGGAGGCCCUAGCCAAGAGCUAUGACACGCUUUUGCCGGAAGGGGAGUCAGACCUUGGGUACUUCAAGCUUUUCGAGAGACACAACACGGCUGUGUUUGUGGGAAUAACGUCAUUACCACCUCUACAGCUGCCGUUGUCUUCCUUUUUGAGAGCUGCUGCUUUCAUCAUGAGGAUUGAGGUCGCUCGUUCCAAGUAUGGCCAAAGGGAAUAUGUGGUGCCCUCGAGGGAUACUGUCCUUCAAGCCUUGACCCAUCUGUUCCUCUAUCCCAUGACAGGCGAUGCCCAAGCACUCGUGCGCACGCAGCUGAAACGAGACACACGAUUCCCUUUCCUUCGGGUGAAGUCGGGUGUGUCCUUCUGUUACCUGAUAACUUCGCAGCGACGAAUUUUGCUGGGAAGGGAUCACCUUGCAGACCUUAGGAGCCAGCAUGUGCGAAGGAACUCGAUGGUGGCCACGUUGACCUCAUAUGUCUCCACGGACUUUAUUCCACAAAAUGUGGAGUCUUUACGAGGAAAGCUGGACGGGCGUCUGCUCUAUGUGCAAGUUUGUAUCAUAGGCGAACAAUGCAACUAA